UUACACCCAGUAUAUUUUCAUACAUUCAUGAAGCAUCAGUUUCCGGUAUGAAUGAUGACCAGCAUCUGAGAACAUGACUUCGGCCGUAUCAGUAGUAGUCACACCAGCGACAGGAGCGAACAAGGAAGGCCCUGUACGAACAAGGAGAAAACUCAGCAUUCCUGCUGCUCUGUCAUUAGCAGCUGGAUCAGAAAAUGCUGCGUUCAGAAGGCGAUUCAGUAAUGUCGGAGACGCUGCCAGGAAGUUAUCCACCUCCAUAGGAUGGGGAAAGGCUGUUGGAGCAACUGCUCCAGAAGAGAUCGUAGCAGUAGGAAUAGCCAUGUGUACGCUGUACAUAAGAGCUAAACUCAAGCGAUCUGGUGUCUUCAAUAGAAAAUUGGGCUUGACCAGAGUGAGAAGUGCCGUGGGUACCAUGGAAGCUUGCAGCACUGUUGUUCGUGAAGUGUAUCCAGCCUUAUCCUGCGCAUGCUCGGAGCUGGAACGCGCCCACCCCAAACUGUUCUCGCGGGUAGCCCGCCAGACGGGGCGGGCGCCCGGCACCGGCAUCGCUGGCGUCCUCCUCGCCGUGGGGCAGCACCUGUUGCGCGCGGAACCCACGUGGGGCAAAGUGGCGGCCGUGUACUCGGUGGCGGGCGGCCUGGCGGUGGACAGCGCGCGGCUGGGCCGGCCCGAGGACGUGCACGUCAUCCAGGAGGACAUGACGGAGCUGCUGGAGGAGCGGAUGGCGCUUUGGGUCCACACCAACGGGGGAUGGAAUGGAUUGCUAACACACUGCAAAACACAAGACCAAGAGAUAUCUGUAAUGGAGUACUUUGCCGUUUUUGGCCUGAUGGGGAUC